GUCUUGUAGGAUUAAGAAAUCUCUUGUCUUGCACUUAUUGCGCUUUUAUUGCUCUUUUUUUCAUCCUCAGAGCCGUCAUCAUGGAGACAAUGGCAGAAGAGCGGACGAAGCUCGCUUACAAGAACCGGUGGAAGACGAUAUAUAACAAUCCCAAACUAAUCGUCAUCGCGCUUUUUGCUUCAUUUGGUGGUUUCGAAUAUGGCUACCAGCAGGGUGUCCUAGGACAGUCCCUGGUCAUGACGCGCUUCAAGGACAACUUCCCGUCAGUUGUAGCCUCCUCCAGCGCAACGGGCUGGCUGACCUCAAUUCUCCAACUCGGAGGUAUCCUCGGCUCAUUGUCCGCCGGUGUGCUGGGCGAAGUCAUCUCUCGAAAGUAUACCAUGUUCUCAGCCUGCUGCUGGGUUAUUCUGGGUAGCUAUCUCUACUGCGGCGCGACGUACCAUAACCCGGCUAUGUUGUACGCGGGACGAUUCUUCACUGGCAUUGGUGUUGGAACCUUCAGUGGUGUUGGUCCUCUCUACAACGCCGAACUAUCAGCCCCCGAACUACGCGGAUUCCUCGUCUCAUUCUACCAAUUCUGUACCAUCUUGGGUAUUAUGCUGUCUUUCUGGAUUGGAUACGGCAGCAACUACAUUGGUGGUCACGGCGAAGGGCAGACCAACAUGGCAUGGAUGCUUCCUUCCAUCAUCCAGGGAAUCCCGGCUGUGCUCCUCGCCUUUGGUAUCUGGUGGUUGCCAUUCUCCCCCCGAUGGCUCGUCAAGAAGGGCCGCGAUGAGGAGGCACUCAAGACUCUCUCCUAUCUUCGAAAGCUUCCUGUGGAGCAUGAACUCAUUCAAGUUGAGUUUAUGGAGAUCAAAGCGGAGUGUCUUUUUGAACAGCGAAACUUUGCCAAAUCUUUUCCCAACUUGGCGGCCAAGGAGCAGGGCAACGUAUGGAUCCGGGAAUUUGCUGGAUAUUACCAGAUCGUCAAAACUUGGGAUAACCUCAAGAGAGUUGCGACGGCCUGGUUGGUCAUGUUCUGGCAGCAAUGGUCUGGAAUUGACGCCAUCAUCUACUACGCUAGCAACGUCUUUGAGAGUCUAGGCUUGACCGGCGGAACUCAGGCGCUGUUGGCUACGGGUGUCACUGGUGUCGUGUUCUUCGUCAGUACACUACCGGCGAUGGCCGUGAUUGACAAGGUGGGCCGAAAGCCAAUGCUCAUCGUGGGAUCGGUGGUCAUGUGGAUUUCCAUGGUUCUCGCAGGCAUCAUCGUUGCUGUGUACCACCACGACUGGAACGCCCACGUGGCUGCGGGAUGGACCGCUGUGGCAUUCAUUUGGGUCUACGUGGGGGCUUUCGGUGCUACUUGGGGUCCUGUCUCAUGGACACUUGUGGCCGAGAUCUUUCCCCUGUCUAUCCGAUCUAAGGGUUCCUCAAUUGGUGCUUCCAGCAACUGGCUCAACAACUUUGCCGUUGCCUUCUACGUCCCUGCCAUGUUUGAGACGCUUGAAUGGGGAACGUACAUCUUUUUCGCGGGCUUCCUGGCUGCCAGCAUUCUGUGGGUGCAUUUCUAUCUCCCCGAGACCAAGGGUGCAACUCUGGAAGAGAUGGACCGUAUUUUUGGGAGCCAUACCGGUGAGGAGGAUGCCCUGAUGCUGGAGGAGGCCAGACGAGAUGCUGAGAAGAGACUUGUGCAAGAGUCCGAGGAAAUCGACUCUCCUACACCGUCUCAUCAUGAGGAUGUUGAGCCUGGUCGAUAA